UCGUUUGGUUUGGAACAGUUAUGUUUAACUGUGAGGAAACGUAAAGUUUGUUUUUUUUUCCUUUUUAAAAAGGACAUCACUGACGGUUCUUACUUAUAUUAGUGUUAGCUGUCGUUAAAGGUGCGAGUUGGGCAAACCUGUUGUUUGCAGACGUAAGGAAACGAGGUCAGGUCUAGAGAAAGAGAAAGGGGCGGUCAGGUUCGGGCAGAACCCUUGUUGGCAGUCCACCUAUUUGGCCUCUCCGCGCGAAGUGGCCAAGGAUGCCAGCAUGCCUUCGCUGAUAAUAUUCCAUCUCCUUAUUAUCUGGUUGGGCGCCCAAAGGCUGGCGCUUGGCGUCGAGCGCACGUCGACCCGAGAACGUUUCAAGGUGGUCAUCGCUCCUCUGAUCUGCAAAAGGACGUGCCUUAAAGGCCAAUGCCAAGACACCUGUGAGCAGGGCAACAACACCACGCUCAUUGGUGAGAACGGACAGUCCGCGGACACCCUCACCGGACCCGGCUUCAGAGUGGUCGUCUGCCCGCUCACCUGUAUGAAUGGAGGAGUGUGCAGUUCGCGCACCCACUGUCUGUGCCCUCCCGGCUUCACGGGUCGGCUGUGCCAGGUACCCCUGCGCCAGAUGCCUGAGGCCCAAGGGGCGCAGGGCAACAAGCAGCCCGUCUACACCAUGCAGGUGGUGCCCGACGGCCCGAGCGCGGGGGACCAGCCCGGCACCGGCCGGCAGCAGAUGGCACAGACCCAUUCCGUCUUUACCCUGCCCCUGGCGGCAGGGGGUGGGCAUCACUCCUCAGAAGUGCAGUUUAACGUACGUGUCCACCACACCCCGGACACCUCUGUUGUCAUCCAACCCAUGGACCAACCAGAGGCUAAACCACCUAAGACCGUGCCCCGCCUGAUACCCCAGACGCACAAACCCCGGGGGCGGUGCUUUCAGGAGACCACACCCAAACAGGCUUGUAGCAGUAAUCCUCUCCCUGGACUGACCAAUCAGGAGGACUGUUGCGGGAGCGUGGGAAACUCCUGGGGGCAGAACAAGUGCUACAAGUGUCCCAAGCUACCCUACCCUGGACUCCACAAACCCCAAACCAUCAUUGAAGAUCAAGGAUCUACCUGCCCACACGGCUAUAAGAGACUGAACAGCACUCACUGUCAAGACAUCAACGAAUGCACGAUGCAGGGCGUCUGUCAGAACGGCGAGUGUUUGAACACGCAGGGAAGCUUCCUGUGUGCUUGUAAACCGGGCUACGUCCUGGACAGAGCCAGAUGUGUGGCAGAGCCCCCGGUGGAGCUGGGCCUCUGCUUCCGCAUGGUGACAGAGGGGGGGCAGUGUGAGCACGCCCUGCCCACCGAGCUCUCCCAUGAGAUGUGCUGCUGCACCGUGGGCAAGGCCUGGGGCAGCAGGUGCGAGAGGUGCCCCCAGGACGGCACAGCCUCGUUCAGUAAGAUCUGCCCUGCAGGGAAGGGCUACUCCUUCCAGAGUUACAGAGGGACCCUGUCCAUCCAGCCACAGACCCUGCAGAUCCACCCAAACCUGGAGCAGGGCCCUCGGAUCGCCAAGCCCGACAAGACCAAAGGGCAGCAGGAAGUCAAGUUCCCACCCCCCCAGAGGGAGGUGCCUGUGGAGAUGACCACCCCAAUGCAGCUGUCCACUCUGAGCACCCAUGGGCCCCGAAUCCCUGUGAUUGUUGCCAAACCCACCCCUCCUCCCAUAGUGAAGGUCCACCCGGAGAGGGACUCGUUAGAAGUGGCACAGACACAGGUCACACAGACGGAUGAGUGCAGGCUUGACAGGAACAUCUGUGGUCACGGGGAGUGCAUUAACGGCCAGAGUGGGUACAGCUGCCACUGCAAUGCCGGGUACCGCCCCCACGCCCAGAGGAAGAGCUGUGUGGAUGAGAACGAGUGUGAGUCCGACCCCUGUGGUCCAGGGAGGGGCUUCUGCAUCAACACCAUGGGCUCCUAUAGGUGCCGCUGUCUCCAUGGCUACAAGCUGAUGGUCCACCAAGGGAAGCUCAAAUGCGUCGACAUAAACGAGUGCUCCAAGCCGCACACCUGUGGAGAAGGAGGGCAUUGUGUCAACCUGCCCGGCUCUUACAGGUGUGAGUGUUUCGAGGGCUACAGGAGCAAGUCACCCCAGCAGCCAGUCUGUGAAGAUAUUAACGAGUGCCUGGACCCCAGCGCCUGCCCAGGGGAGCAGUGUGAAAAUACAGCUGGCUCGUAUGACUGCGUGCCCUGCCUGCCCGGGCACCAGGCCCAGGGGGGCAUCUGCUACGACAUCGACGAGUGCCAGAAGAGAGGGGUGUGCACCAACGGGCGCUGCGAGAACCUCCCAGGGACCUACCGCUGCCUGUGCAACGAGGGCUUCCUGCACGAGUCCGACAGCAAGGGCUGCAGAGAUAUUGAUGAAUGCGAGGACCACAGACUGUGUGCCAACGGCCGCUGUGUCAACACAGAGGGCUCCUUCCUGUGCCAGUGCUAUCCAGGGUACCAGCCCACCCAGGAGGGGAGCCACUGUGAAGAUACAAAUGAGUGUGAGAGACCUGCAAACUGCCAGAGGGGGCGCUGUAUCAACACCAUGGGGUCCUAUCGGUGUGAAUGUCAGAAAGGCUUCAUGCUGGUCAAUGGGAGGCGCUGUCAAGACAUUGACGAGUGCGCCCGGGACAGGAGUCUCUGCCAGCCCCACGGAGUGUGUGAGAACAAGCCGGGCACUUACAUCUGCAUCUGCAACGAGGGCUUCGUCAGCUCCGAGGACAAGCACAGCUGUGAGGAGAUCAAGAUGGACAAAGAUGAAAAGAAGGAGUGUUACCUGAACCUGGAUGACACGGUGUUCUGUGACAGUGUCCUGGCCACCAACAUCACCAAGCAGGAGUGCUGUUGCUCCAUCGGCGUGGGCUGGGGGGACCACUGUGAAAUCUACCCCUGUCCCGUCUACCACUCAGCCGAAUUCCAUGCUCUGUGCCCCAUUGGAAGAGGGUUCUACCACCAGGAGGGCAUAACAGAGUAUGGCUUGGCAGUUCAUCGUGAUAUCGAUGAGUGUGUGCUCUUUUCCAACGAGAUCUGCAAGGAGGGCCGCUGCAUGAACACCCAGCCCGGGUACGAGUGCUACUGCCAGCAGGGCUUCUACUACGACAGCAACCUGCUCGAGUGCAUCGACGUUGAUGAAUGCCAUGAUGAGUCUCUCUGUUCCAACGGGCGGUGUGUCAACACAAGAGGGUCCUUCUACUGCAUCUGCAACUCUCCCUGGACCCCCGAUGUCUCCAAAAAGAAGUGUGUGAUUCCCACCAUUGCAGGUGUGGAUGAGUGUCAGGACUCUGCUAACUGUAAGAAUGGGCGCUGCGUGGACACCCCAGAGUCCUUCUACUGCAUUUGCUCCCCGCCCUUGAUCCUCGCCACUGACCGCAACAGCUGUGUCACCCCAGAGGAACAGGCAGAUGUGAAUGAAUGCCAGGACCCCUCAUACUGUAAGAACGGAAGGUGUGUCAACACGCCUGGCUCCUUUCACUGUAUUUGCACUCAGCCUCUCACCUUCAGUGCUGCGCUGAAACAGUGCGUCUAUGACGACCGCACGGCGGCCCAUAAGGACGUGUGCUUCCUGGACGUGGACGAGGACCUAAUCUGCAGCAUGCCCCGGAACGACAUCGUUGUCACCUACUCCGAGUGCUGCUGCCACUACGGGCGGGGCUGGGGCCCCGAAUGUCGCACCUGUCCCCUGAGGAACUCAGUGAUCUUCAACCGGCUGUGUGAGAUGCACCUCGACACAGAUUCUGACGGUGAGGGCGAUUUCCUGGUAGCUUUCGCCAACCAUAACCCAGACGGGGAGGGGGUUAGAGACGGGGACAGCUCAGAAGAGGACUCGGACGAAUGCAGCUGUGCCAACGGUCGCUGCGUGCGCUCCUACCUGGGCACCAUGUGCGAGUGUAACCCGGGCUUUAGGUUGGACCACUCUCGCACGCGUUGCAAAGAUAUUGACGAGUGCGCCGACCCGGGCAUCCGCCUGAACACCUGCAAGAACGCCCGCUGUGUCAACACCAUGGGCUCCUACAAGUGCUUUUGCAAUCACGGCUUCGUUCCUGCACGCCGGCCCAACAUAUGUGUCCGUCCAAGGUCCCUAUAACAACACCUGCCCCUGCCCCCAACCCCGGUCUCUGUGCUGUACAGUACAUACCUACCCGCUGCCCCCAACCCCAGCCCUGUACUCUAUAGUACAUACCUGAUGACUGCCCUCAACCCCAGACUCUGUACUGUAUAGUACAUACCUUCCCGCUGCCCCCAACCCCAGACUCUGUACUAUGUAGUACAUACUUUCCCCCUGUCCCCAACCCCAACCCCUGUAUUGUACAGUACAUACCUGCCUCAAGUCCGCAAUCCCAGCUGCUGUACUGUACAGUACAUACCUUCCCCCUGUCCCUAACCCACCCUCUGUACUAUACACACCUGCCCCCUGUCCCUAACCCCACCCUCUGUACUAUACAGUACAUACCUUCCCCCUGUCCCUAAACCCACCCUCUGUACCAUACAUACCUGCCCCCGUCCCUAACCCCAGAAAUCUGUACUAUACACACCUGCCUCGUACCUGUAUCCUCAGCCCCAGUACCAUACAUACACACUUACGCUCUGUAUCCUUUCACUACCCCUGUUCGGUCAUCCAUCACAGUCUCUUUUUGUUCUCCUCUGUCAUUUCCUAAUUCCUCACAGGGUGAAACUUGACCAAAAAUGAAGACUUUGUGAAUGUGUCCCUUUAAAAUUUUGUGUAUUUUUUUUUUUAUUCAUUUUUUGUCAAAUUUCAUCCCCACUUAGGAAUACUGAUACAUGUUCAUGCAAACACACGCACAGUAACCAUGUUUCCGUCAAAGGCUCUGCUAGAAUGAGGUUUUCAGUGGGUACAGAGUGUGUAUGGUCGAUAGUGCUCCGUACUUCAGAUGGGUUUUUUUUUAUGUGGUUUGACAUUCCAGUAGAAACCCCACAGUUCUUCCCUCUCUCUCUUCUUCCAACGCAAAUGGGAUUGGCAUCUCUCUAAAUGGUGAUCCCAUUUUUUCUGUUUCUUGCCCCAAGCUUCCACCUACAAACCUUCCCUAAUUGGAAUUAAAAAUACAGUUUAAUUUACAGACAUUGAAGUCUGCUCUUUAAAGGAACAUCUCUGUCACAAACUGAUAUUCAAAUAUUGGGCAACAUUAAGUUGUAAUGCAAGCAGCUGAGUCCAUGUCCCACUACAAAUGGCCGUAUCAUCUUUUUUUUUUUUUGUCCACACUCAGACCUUGUUUUUCAUGAGAUGUUUACCUCCUUGUACAGCUUAAUGUUACAAUAAGGAGUGUUGUUUGGUGAACCAAUGUCACAAGCAUUAUUUGGAGGCAUUGGCACUUCACAGAAACUUUACAAAAGAAAAAAAUGCAUCUUCUGAAGAUGAAAAAA